GGCUCAAAACCAGCAGCUCCCGGGGGAGCCAGGCAGAGGCUGGGGGCCAUGGCGGAGCUACAGCAGCUUCAGGAGUUGGACAUCCCCGCGGGCCGGGAGGCUCUGCUGGACAACCACAGCGCCCUGCUGCGUGUCGCCGAUUACUGCGAGGAGAACUAUGUGCAGGCCACGGACAAGCGGAAGGCGCUGGAGGAGACCAUGGCCUUCACCACCCAGGCUCUGGCCAGUGUGGCCUACCAGGUGGGCAACCUGGCAGGACACACUCUACGCAUGCUGGAACUGCAGGGGGUUGCCCUAAGGCAGGUGGAGGCCCGUGUCAGCACAGUAGGCCAGAUGGUGAAUAUGCACAUGGAGAAAGUGGCCCGCCGGGAGAUUGGCACCUUAGCUACUGUCCAGCAGCUGCCCCCUGGCCAGAAGGUCAUCGCCCCCGAGAGCCUCCCCCCGCUCACACCCUACUACAGAAGACCCCUCAACUUUGGCUGCCUGGAUGACAUUGGCCAUGGGAUCAAGGACCUGAGCACGCAGCUGUCCCGGACCGGAACCCUGUCUCGCAAAAGCAUCAAGGCCCCUGCCACACCGGCCUCUGCCACACUAGGGAGACCACCCCGGAUCCCAGAGCCGGUACAGCUCCCCACGGUGCCGGACGGCAAGCUCUCCGCCGCCUCAUCCGCCUCGUCCCUGGUUUCGGCAGGCAGCACCGAAGGGGUCUCCCCGAUGAACACACAGGAGGCGCCCCCACCCCCACCCCCACCUCUCCCGGGCGCCGCCGGCCCGCCUCCUCCUCCAGCACCCGCCGAAGUCUUCCUGCCUCCCCCUCCCCUGGAGGAGCUGUCUCUGCCCCCUCCGGCCGCAGAGCUGCCUCCUCCUCCACCCUUGGACGUGGAUGAGUUGGGGCUGCUGCCCCCGCCGCCACCGGGCUUUGGGCCAGAGGAGCCCAGCUGGGUCCCUGCAGACUACUUGGAGAAAGUGGUGACGCUGUAUCCCUACACCCGGCAGAAGGACAAUGAGCUGUCCUUCUCGGAGGGCACCAUCAUCUGCGUCACCCGUCGCUACUCCGACGGCUGGUGCGAGGGCGUCAGUUCCGAUGGCACGGGAUUCUUCCCCGGGAACUACGUGCAGCCCAGCUGUUGACGGAGCAAGCCUCUCCUGGCGUCCACCCGUGCCAGCCGGCGGCCAGCAGGAGCAGGCUCUGUCUGCCUCUAGGGCUGUAGGUGGCGGCAGUUCUGGGGAGAGUGGAGGUACCCAGAAGACUUGCUACAAAUCGGACAGAUUCGGAGACCACGACCCCCAUCCCAGCCGCAGGGAACCCUUCCCACAGGCAGGGCGGGGUCUCCAGCUACUGCAAGUGCCAACUCAGAAUAAAAUCGAGCCGCCCAGGACCGCCCCGCAGGGAUAGGGGCCAGAAGAGCAGGACAGACAGGGGUCAGUGAAGCCGCGGACUGCCCCUUCCCCCUCUGCACUGUGCUUGCAAUGUGUGUGACACCUUCAGUUACGGUCGCACCAGGGCACGGCGCCCCUCCUUCCCCGCCUCCGAUUGCGACGCGACAGUUCUGAGCCAAGCAUUCCCCUUCACCUGCUUUAUAGUUGUAACACCAGAGGGGCGGGGGACACGGGCUUCCCUGGCUCUGCUUAAAAACAUCAUGGCUUUCUGUUCCAUACGGGUGGCGGGGUGUGGGGAGUAGGGAAGGACGGCUUUGGUGUGGUGUCUGCGGAGGAAACAUGGGGUGCACGCAGCCACGCGGUCCCCGGCGGGCUGGACCUGAGUCGGGGGAUGGGCUACCGCGUACCCGCCUCUUGGCGGGGCGGACCCAGGGAGGAAAUGCAGCAGCGAAUACUUCAUCGCAGAGGGGACCACGGGGACCACGCAGCGGCAGGGACCUUCUCCACCGGGGUGUUAGGAUGUUUCUGCCCCUUGGAUAGACAAUGGGGCAGGGGGUCGUAAGGAGGCCGAGCAAGGAGUGUGUGUGGCUAGGGAGGGGAUGGUCACCUUCCACGCUGCGCGAAGGAUGGCACCAUUGUUAACCCAGGUGUUCGCAUCACCCCCGUGGCGCGCCAGCUGAACGGUUUGCGGUGCAGCUGGGAGGAGCUCACUGCAUAGAUGGGAAUAGCCAGGGAGGACCACCCCACAUCCCCGCAGGCCUCCCAGGAAAUGUCCCCCGCGUUCCGGGGCGCUCCCAGCCGGCGGCUGUCCUCAGCACGACUGGAGCACUUGCUGCAGGUGGAGGCGCACAUCGGCCGCUGUCUCCCAGGGCACAACGCUGGCGCGGAAGGAGCCGGCCUCGGCCUUCUGCGCCUCUUGGAUGAGGCGGUGCAUGGGGUAGCCUCGGCGUGGGAAGGCCACGUCGCCGCCCGCCAGCAGCCCCAUGGGGCAGAAGUCAUUGGCGCCAUCGCCCACGUAGAAGAGGCGCUCGAAGUGCACGCCGUCGCGGGCCCGCUCGCGCAGGUAGUCGCUGAGCACCUUGUGUUUGCACAUGUUGGAGGGGCAGCGCGCGCAGCUGUGUGAAUGGAAGGGCCGCAGCGCCAGCAGGCCGCGCGCAUCGGGCGCCGACGGGUUGCUGAGGAUGCGACGGAAGAGACCGUGGUGGCCGGCGGCGCGCAGCGCGCUCUCCACUCCGAAGGUGUUGGCGUCCGAGAUAAGAAUGACCUCAAAGCAGGUGCCCUGCUUGGCCACGAACUGCAGCAGGUCGCUCAUGCCCGGCGUCAGCGGGAUAGCCUCGUAGACAGCGCGCAGGUCCCGCGGCCGCACGCCCUGCUCACCCAGGUACUUGAACACGCGCUGCAUGUACUCGUUGUAGAAGCCCUCGCGGUAGGUGGCCCGCAGGCUGUCGGGCAGCCUCUGGCCCGGCGCCGCGCGCACGAUCGAGUCGUCGCUGUUUUCAUCCACGAUGGUCUCGUCGAAGUCGAAGGUCAGGAGGAAGCGCGGCGCACCCUGGGCAGCCAUCCCGCUGCGGUCCUGGGAGCAGGGGGUCGGGGAGCAGGAGGAGGAGGAGGAGGCAAGCGAGAGGGGGCGCGGCGGGAGCCGGCCAGGGAGAGGCUGGUUAGCAGGCCACGGCCAGAGGCGCUGGCACAUCCAAGACCUGAGGAAAACCCAUGGCUGGUUAAGCUGGGAAGCGUGCCCCGUGUGCUCGCCCCACCUCGCCCCCGCCACCACACCUGUCAGUGCACUGUGCGCCCCAAGACCAUUCUAACCCGCUGCUGCCAGAAGGGCUUCCUAGGUCACUCUCAGCCCGGAUUACUGGGCCUUAGCAAGGGUCAGCCCUGAGAUUAUUGGGGAAACUUAAGCUGCCCCCGGUAUCCUAUGGACAAGGAGUUUCCCACUCCCUGCCUCCCGCCCAAAGCCAAGAAAGCAAGCAGACCAUCCUCCUUCCCUCCCCCGCUCCUCUUUCAUGUCUUUGGGAAGCCUUGUGAAGCGUGUCAGAUGGUCUCAGGGAAGGCGUUGGGGCAGCAUCCGAAGCACAGGUACAAGGAGCAUCAGCUCCAGUAGGUGAUUCGGAUCCCCACCCGGAGAGUUCCUUGCCUUGGGGGUCUCUAGACCCUGAAGGCUCUCUGGGAGCUGCUUCCAGCCCUGGGGCAGGUGUUGGGGGGCGCUGCCUCAGUGUUCAGGGCCAGGAGGUGGGGCUAGCGUGCAGUCUCCCCAGGAGCUGUUAGGGCCCUAGGUGGCCAGCUGGCUCAUCCCUAGUCACUUGCCAGUUCCCCGGGAGGGACGUGUCAGCGGAUGGGGUCUCUGCCAGAAUCCGAAGCAAGCGGGCAGCAGGAGAAGCAGCGGGGCUAGGCGAGGUGGGAGCCAGGCCACGACACACCUGGUAGGGGGGCAGGUAAGGGGGAGAGCAAAGAGCAACAGAAGCUGAAAAAUGCAGAAGAGCAGAGCAGGUGAUGGGGCCAGGGGCCAGUGCAGAGGAAGUGGUGCUCAUGGAGCUGGGAGACAGACUGCUAGACAGGAAGAUGGGGGGAUGCUCCAGGAAGUGGGGACUUUGUACGAGGGUUGUGCUGAGCGGAGGGGUCAGGGCACAGAGAGGCAAGCAAACCCACAUGGCCAGAGCCCCUGCAACAUGACCCUGUCACCUUGGCCCUUCUCCCUCCCGGCCUCUCAACUCAGCUGCAAGGGGUAGGGGACCAAUUCCUCUUCUGGGUUCCCUUCCUGUCCUGCCUCCCUCCCACUGCCCUGAAACCCCUGGCAUGUGCAUGGCCUGGCACUGUUUGUAAAACAGAAGUCCUAGCUCUGUACUUCACAAGAUGGAUUAAAACAGAAAUGUCCCCCGAAA